AUGGACAGCGAUGACGAGUUCCUCGACGAUGGCCUGGACUUUGAUGCCAUCCCCACAGGGACACUGCUUCAACUCGAGCAAAGCGCCUGGCAAGCUACUCAAGCACCGCAGCACGACGAACGCAGUCAACAACCCGGUCUUCAGACGGACAGAAACCAAUUGAAUUAUGAGUCGCAAUACAAUGCUCCGCAGCGUCGCCAGUCGGGCUUCUAUGGCAAUGUAGAGGUUAUUGAUUUAGACGCCGAUCUUCUGGGCAACGAUGAACCCUUGGAAGACGUCGUCAAAUCGAACCCGCCAAUCGCCCAGAAUGUCCUGCACGGUCACGCCGCAAGUCAGAGACAAUAUACACCAGUUCAGACACAAAAUAUCCAGUCCGUUCAGGACAGCCAUGAUCGUGAAAUAGGGGCGAAGAUUGAAGAGUUUUCACGCCAAUAUGAUGCGAUCAAUGAACAAUUGGCAUCGGCGAGAGAAGACGUGACGAAGAAAACCGGCGAAGUAGCCAUUCUAAGAGCGAAUCUCACCAAACAAGCCCAAGAGUUCGAGCGCACGAUUGCUUCCCUCAGAGCACAAUUGACGGAACUUACAACAAAGAACAAAGGUGUUGAGCAAGCUGCUAUCAACGAUCGGCAGAAACUUGAAACAGAGAAUCUAUUCCUAAGAGAAGAGCUACGCGACGAAGCACUGCGAGUAAACAACCUUCGCGCCAAAAAAAGAGCGGAAGCCCCUCAAACGCCCAGAAAACAGAGAACACUACCCUUUCGCGAUGGCUUCGAUGACGAUGAAAUCGGGGUCGGAUCACCCACCAAGUCCUCCGGUGGACGAUCGAAACGAGGCACACCGAGUGUAUCUGGAAAGCGAAAGCGCAAAGUUAGCGAUGCCCCGAUACCUAUGGCGCCUUUGCAAUUAAGCCAAGGAAUUGGGGCUAUGGAAGCGGAAACACUGGCUUUAGAUUCUAUGGACACUACAACCGAGGAGAGAGGCCAUAUUUCAGAAGGGUUUGAAGAAGGGUUUUACAUGACACAGAUCCUGAAUCACAGAAACUAUCCCAAUGCGGAAAGUGAUUUGGAAGUUAUGGCUGGRCUAGCAUUUCCAUCCGAGCCUGACAGAAAGAUUUCUUCUAUCGUGUUGGAGACAAUGAGCGGAGUGACAUCCAACUACCCUGUGAAAUAUGCACAUUGCCUGAUACAGCUGUGGGAUCGUGCUCUUGUUGAAAAGUUCUACAAAGUUGUUCCUUCGUUCAUGGAUUCAAUCAAGUUCAUUCUUCUGCUCGAUUUGUACUCGAUCAGUCCGCAAUUAACAACCGAACUGGCCGGCAUCCUCCAGGCCUCGAUUUAUGUCAAUGCGGCCACUCGCUUUGAACACUCUGCGGUAUCCUCAAAAGUCAAGGGCGAAAGUCGAAGAACUCCACGAACAGUGUUACAUGCAGAUGUCGACUCGACUUUUGCAUUAGAAAUCAUGUAUUUACUAGCGCUAGCUUGUCGACAAGAUGACGAAUCUCACGAACAUUUAUGGCGCAACAUACACUUUGAUAUAUUAUUAAUGACUUUGAACGACCACCAGCCUUUGCAGGACAUUGUUCUAUCUCUGAAGAUACUAUCGACCAGUCUGCGACAAAACUCCUUUGGAACUAUUCAACCCUCCGAGGCAGAACAGCGACAAGUCGAAUACCACUUCAUCGAGCGCGUCACGUGUCUUCUCUUCCAGCGCAUUGAGCCCGACGAAGGCGAAGAGGACUAUCUUCCUCUACAGAUCUGUCAGAUGCGACUCGAAGCUCUCACCUUUCUGGAAAUGAUCACAUUUUAUAGUUUCGAAAUGACGACAGACGCAAGUAAAACCGCCAUCAUCUCCUACCCAUUAGUCCUCCCACGCCUCUUUCGAACAUUAUACGACGAAAUGGAUCGUCUUUACACGCUGUGUCCAGAGCACAGUAUCCGAACAGCUCUCAUCAACCGAUUGACGCACUUGAUAUACAGACUUAUCCGAAGCGGCGGUGGCAAGAACCUCCACGAAGGAUUGUCGCGGUUGAGUGGCGCAAAGCAGAAGCAUCGACUUGUCCUGUCGCGAUUAGCAUUUAGCGAGGGUCAGUAUUUGGAGUCUGGUAUUACGGAAGAGACGAUGGAGAUGGCGCGGCAGUUGCUGGAGGAGGAAGAUAUGAGUCCUGAGGAGGCUGAGGCGCUGUUUGAUGCAUUUCCAACGGGCGGGCGUUUAAGUGGCAGGGAGGGUACACAGGUUGAGCAGUGGCAUAUACGUAGUUAG